UAAAUAAUACAGUGUCAUGAAAUGAACCAAAUAUUUCAUUAUAAAAAAGUACAUUGAGUUAUUUGAUUUGACCUCGAUGUUUUCAUACGAAUAUUUUUAUUGUUGCACAACAUACCACGUAUAACGAAACGACCCGACAUACAAUUUUCAUUCGAUCGAUUCUUUGAUCAAUCAAUAAUUCAGUUCAGACAGACAGACAGACAUUUUGACAAUUGACAGCCAAUUUGUUAUUAUUUGUUUAUUUUCUUGUGGUUUCUGCCUUCCGGUGUAUUUCAUUUUCCAUAAAUCCCUUGAGUUAAACUUUAGUUAUUAUUGUCGAAAUAGGAAAAUUCGAGCAUAGUUAGCAUUUUGUGACAGCGUUGAGUGUUGACAUAGGUAGGCUUGUGGAUAGGCCCUUUGGGUCAGUGGACGUCGUCUUAUUAUUUUAUGCUUUAAACAAUGUCUCGGAACGUCUGUUGUGUUCCGGGGUGCCCACCAGACGAAGGUGCAGUCCUGCAUUACUUUCCGCACCCUGUAAAAGACGCUGAAAGAUUCCAAAAUUGGGUGAAGUUCAUAGGAGGUGACCUUGCUGAACUGGACAGCGCAACAAUACGGAAAUCUAAAAGAAUAUGUCGUCGGCAUUUUCACAGACAGUUUCUCUACCCAAGAAACAGAUUGAAUAAAUUGGCAGUACCAUCGUUGCUCUUGUUCUCACCAGAUCUCUCGGACGCUGAACAGGCCAUGAUUGAUGAAGUUUUAAAUGAAGAAAUAAUAACGGAGUCUCCAACCUUAUUCUGUAUUUGCUGUCUAUCAAAUGGGGGAACUUACCUACAGCUAUCAACAUGCUCCCAUGCCGAGUUUUUAAACAGAUUUCUAAAACCAGAGAUAGAACCAAGAUGUCAAGUCAUAUGCUACAACUGUCAUAAUAUGUUGAAGAAAAUCAAAAUGUUUACACUGCAAGUUUUAAAUAGCUUUAAUAUAAUAUCUGAGUUUCAGGAAAGGAACACACAAAUCCCGCAUCAACUAAAUAGAAAUCUACAAAUACAAAAACAAGAAAAUAUUGACAUACCACAGACAGACGUCAUCGUAGAUAAUAAUAUAAACCAAAGCAUAGACAACGAAGAGGUUACAAACGAAACACCACAAAGGAUGUACGAAAGAAAAAUGAAAAAUAUUGGGCAUGCUUUAGAAAUUAUAAAUACCAACCAGAAUAAUACCUGUAUUAACUUAUUAGCUACGUCUUUAAAUAGUCUAUCGAAUAGUUUAAUAAAUAAAAACAUGGAUUUUAUUAAUAUACCCAUUUUAAAUAUUGAUACAGUAAGCCAAGAUACAGAUACUUCUAAAGCUGCCAAUUCAAGUAACAUUUUGCAAGAAGCUAUGAAAAGUGCUAACAUUGAAGAUAAUUUUGUUGUUCAAGAAGCAGAAUUGAGUUCAGACAGAAUUGAGAAAGGCGAAGUUCCUAACGAGAUUAAGAUUGUUAAGCCAAAUAAAAAUGUUCUAAAAUCUUCGAUUCAGUCUCGGAUUAAAGCUAUAAUAUUGUCCGAAGAAGAAUUAAUGACGGAAAGAUCAAAAUUAGCUGCCAGUCAGCGAUACCUAAAGUCGGCAUAUAAAUGUGAAACAUGUAUUCUAGGAUUUAAUUAUCAAGAUAAUUUGGAAGAUCAUUCAAAAAGGAAACAUUGUUAUAAAGAAAACUCAAUCAAAUGCCAGGUAUGUCUUCAGUACAUCGAUCCAGGGGCUAAUUAUAGUGAUCACAUAUCCUACCACUAUAUCAGAUAUGAAUGUGUAACAUGUGGACGUAAAUAUCACUCUGAAGAUGAAACAAUAUUUCAUUAUAGAAGAAAUCAUAUAAAAGCUACGAAAUAUACUUGUUUACAUUGUUCGUACAAUAUGACAUCAUACCGCCACAUCAAAUUAGGAUCGGAAGUGAAACAGAGUAAUAAAUACAAGAUUUAUAAAUGCUUGCGCUGUAAAAAGACUUGGAAAAACGUUGAACGGAAUUCGACAGAGAAUAUAUUGCAAACAGAUGUCGCCACUGUUGGAGAAGGCUGAUUUAAUUACCUAUGUAAACAGUUUACAACAAUAAGUUACUGAUCUAUUUAUUAAUAUACAAAUAAAAUACAAGUAUUAAUGUUUAAAGCAAGAUUUUGAAAAAAAUGCGG